AACCAGUAGAAGAGUCUCUGCUGGAAAAAUAUGGAUUCCCUGAAGCUGGAACAGAGACCAGAUGUUACACAAAUCAUGCACUGUCUUAUGACCAGGCAAAACGGGUGCCUAGAUGGGUGAUUGAACAUAUUUCAAAACAGAAGACGCUGGGCAAUGCGGACCGAAGGCACUGUAAAUUCCGACCAGAUCCUAACAUCCCUCUGAUGUUUAGUGCUGUCAAUGAAGACUACCUUGGGAGCGGAUGGUCACGAGGACACAUGGCGCCAGCAGGAGAUAACAAGUUUUCAACAAGAGCUAUGGCUGAAACGUUUUAUCUGUCCAACAUCGUGCCUCAGAAUUAUGAAAAUAACGCUGGAUUUUGGAAUAGAAUGGAAAUGUAUUGUCGGGAAUUGACCGAGAGAUUUGAGGAUGUUUGGGUAGUUUCUGGGCCUCUGACCUUGCCUCAAACAAAUGAUGAUGGAAAGAAGAGCGUUACUUAUCAGUUGGCAGUUCCGACCAUCUCUGUGAGGAAGGUGACAACUGUCCUCGUUUUCAGGCGGAUAAAUGAGUCAUGGUUAGGGGAUGUGACCAAUGCCACAUAA